UAGCCAAGACAUGGAAACAAUCUAAAUGUCAACAGAUGACUGGAUAAAGAAGCUGUGGUUUGAGAUGGUGUCACCUGGAACUUGAGCCAACUGCACAAGAGUAUUGGAGGUCUGGUGGGAGACCAUGGCCAAGAACAAACUAAUAGAGCAGAAGUCUAGGAAUGUAUUCCACAUAGCCAGCCAAAAAAGCUUUAAGGUUAAAAAUAAAGCAAAACCAGUUACCACUAAUCAUAAGAAGAUAAACAUUGUUAAUGAUGAAAAAGUUAGCAGAGUGAAUAAAGCUUUUGUAGAUAUGCAAAAGAAACUUGCAAACUUCUCAAAAGGCCUUUCCCUUGAACCUCUGCAGAAACAGCUGAUUUGUCAGCAGUGUCAUGAAAACAGCAGUUAAUGUCAAUGAAGCUACAAGAUUAAUGGUUCAGUUGUAAUACAGUGGUGGUGCAUCAAAUUUCCCCAAAAGACCAAUCAAUUAAACAUUUUAUACAAAAAGAAGAUGUGGUACAUAUAUACAGUGGAAUAUUACUUAGUUCUUAAAACGAAUGAAAUAACCUCAUUUCAUUGCAAGAUGUAUAGAACUGGAGAUUAUCAUACUAACUGAAGUAAGUAAGAAGAGAAAGACAAAUAUCAUGAUAUUCUAUUACAUGAGAAAUCUUUUAAAAAGUUAUACAAAUGCUUUUACUUACAAAACGAACAAACUCACAGAAGUAGAAAACAAGCCUGUGGUUACCAAAUGGGAAAGGUAGCGGAGGGACAAAUUGGGAA